AUGCUGAAACUAACCUGUCUUGGUAUCGGCCUAUUUUUGCUCUUACUGCCGGAACCGUCGCUCGCAAGCGCCGAUUUCUUGACUCUAUGCCGCCUUUUCAAGGAUGGCACCCUCAUAAGAUACCCGGGCUCAUGUGACCUAUACAUUAAAUGCAACGAUGGCGAAGGUACAUAUCACAGAUGCGAAAACCCUUUGGUAUUUAAUGGCAACACGGGAAAAUGUGAGACUGCAACGACGGCGAAUAGUGUACACUGUAGCAAUAGAUGUGAAGGCCUAGACGGGGUGUGGAAAGCCUAUCCCACAGACUGUAGGCACUACUAUUACUGUAGCAAUGGAGAAGCCCUGUUUGGCGGUUGCGGCGAAGGAUUGCAUUUCGAUGAGGCCAGCCAAAGCUGUGUGUACGAAGAACAGUCCAGUUGCGUGGAGUUCCCCAACAUAUGCGAAGCUUUGCCAAAGACGAACUUUCGAGAUGAAACCGAUUGCAGCAAAUAUUAUGAGUGCUCUUUGAGUGGGAAUCCUAAAAGCAAAGCUUGCGGCAAAACCGUACCAUAUUUUCAAUGGACUUCCGGUGCUUGCGCCCUGAAAAAGAAUGUCCCAUGCACGGCCCAUCCGAAGAGUGGUAUAUGCGGUACUGCCAAAAAACCGCUUACCGGCUAUCAGGCGGACGGAGGAUCAUGUCGUGGCUACUUCAAUUGCGCCAACUUGGGUAUAGUCGAAGAUCUGGAUCCCGUGUGGUAUCAAUGCCCCGAGGGAACUUUCUUCGAUAGCACCCGCAAAACCUGUGCUGAACCAACAUCGGUGGUCUGCACACAUAAUCGGUGUGAAGGCCGCGGCACCAUGCUGGUCACUUCAAGUGUCGAUGAUUGUCACAGCUACUAUCGUUGUGAGAAUGGCACUGAAGUGGCUAAAGUUAUGUGCGAGAGGGAUAUGUUCUUCGAUGAGCGGAUUCAAGCAUGCACAUUUACAUUUAUUGAAGACAAGUGCUGUGACGGCACAAAAUAUGAAUAA